GCCAUCGUCCCACAAUUCCAUUCUAGAGACACGGAACGACACUCCCUUCAGGAAACGGGGCGAUCUUAUAGGGGUUCCGCCAUUAAAAACAGUCAAUGGGCUCCCCACGGUUCGCGAUGCCGCUCGCCAAACAACAAUCAAUUCAGCCGAAAUAAUCGCGAUCGACGUCCCGCUACCUCGUUUUGACCACGGAAGGGACAAUGGGGAGUCAGAGCCAUAUAUCUCAGGGGCUGCCCCCGUUCUCAUGUCGAUGGAGCUCCCCUGAGUGUUCCGGUUGAGAGAGACUGAAUCGAGGCAAACCAUCAAAGCCACCACCACCACCACCACCAUGUUCUCCACAACCCUCCUCAGCCUGCUCACGGUUGCCGCGACGGCCAACGCCGCCUGCACCCCCCCAAGGAACGCGGCGACCGCCGCGGUCGAGUGCCCUAUCGUUUUCGAGGGUCGUGUCGGGGUCGACGCCCAGCUCGCCGACUUCGACAGCUAUGACACCUCGCUCUUCAACGCCGAGUACGUCAAGGGCGAGAACCUGCAGUGGAGCGAGAUCAUCCAGUUCCCCGAGGCCGAGAACGCCCACUUCGACGACGAGACCCACAAGCCGUUCGAGGUCACCAUCAGCGACGACAGCAUCUUCCAGACCCAGAAGGGCUUCCGCCGCGCGGGGCUGCAGUUCCUGGAGGACACCAACACCGGGAGCCCGGGCAGCACCGGCGUCAAGACGAUCCACUUCAGCCUCAGGAUCGACCCCCAGCGGGCGCUGAACCUGAGCCACGAGUACCUCCUGGUCUGGAGGGAAGCCGCCGACUACAGCAGCAACCAGUUCAACUUUGAGACCGGCGCCGUCCUGGGCCAGGCGAGCCUGCCCAAGGACACCUACAAGGUGCUGGACCGCCAGAACAAGGAGAUCUGGUCGACCCCCAUCCUGGAGGACAGCUGGCAGAACUUUGCUGUGACUCUCGACCAUGACCAGAACACUCUCCAAGUGUACUACUCUGCCGGCGACGAGCCGCUCGAGAGCGUCACCGAGGCCGUGUCCAACGACAACUCGGGCGAGGGACAGUUCCAGAUCGGCAUGCUCAAGAAGCCCACUGGCACCGACGACGUCGUCAACUCGGGCUACCAGGAGAGCGGCAUCGACGAGGGGCUCAUCUACGGCAGCCUGUUCGUCGAGGACAGCGCAGAUGGCUGUGUCUCUGUUUAAGGGUAAAACCGGAGUUAUCUCAUCCAUGUCUGGGUUGCUAGAACGAUAGACUACUACUCGAGAGCGCAAAUAGCUAAGACGAUCGCUCCCAGAGAUGUACUAUCAUAUGAAACCAUCUCUCCCCCCAUUUCCGUCGUCCCACCUCCAACUAUGCCCGGCAAACCAUCGCACUUCCACUUAUCUCUAUAUCUCAUCCCCCCCUUCUAUCCCACCCCCAACCCUCUCCACAUCCAUCUCAGUGCCCC